UAUAGGAUUGCUUGGUGUAGCUGAAGUGGAUAUUGUAGGAAAAUCUUUUGCUACUUGAAGUGGUGGAGGUCUAGGCUGAAUCAGAAUUUGUCACUACCCUAGCACCUCCAUGAAAGAAGCUACACAAUACUGUAGGCUCUGUCCACUUUCCACAGUUCCCUAUUGUGGAGUUACCAGGACUCAGGUUUUUCGUUGGAAGAUACGUUGCACAUUUAUGGCGAUUCUGAGCGUGAGGGCAGACUUCUGCCAGGCUCAGCACAGCGUUUUCGCUGACAAGUGAGCUUGGAGGUUCUAUGUGCCAUAAUUAACAUUGCCUUGAAGACUCUGGACACCGAGACUGGCCUCAGAAAUAGUUGGCUUUUUUUUUUUAAUUGCAAGCAUAUUUCUUUUAAUGACUCCAGUAAAAUUAAGCAUCAAGUAAACAAAAGUGGAAAGCAACCUACACUUUUAACUUGUCUCACUAGUGCCUAAAUGUAGUAAAGGCUGCUUAAGUUUUGUAUGUAGUUGGAUUUUUUGGAGUCCGAAGGUAUCCAUCUGCAGACAUUGAGGCCCAAGUUGAAUUUGGAUUCGAGUGGAUUCGGAAUACUUCUGCUUAUCUUGAAGAGAAAAGCUUCAUAAGGAAUAAACAAGUUGAAUAGAGAAAACACUGAUCGAUAAUAGGCAUUUUAGUGGUCUUUUUAAUGUUUUCUGCUGUGAAACAUUUCAAAAUUUAUUAAUUUUUUUUUUUUUUUCCAUUUUCCCCAUCACACUCACACACGCACGCUCACACUUUUUAUUUGUCAUAAUGAACCGUCCGGCCCCUGUGGAGAUCUCCUAUGAAAACAUGCGUUUUCUGAUAACUCACAACCCUACCAAUGCUACUCUCAACAAGUUCACAGAGGAACUUAAGAAGUAUGGAGUGACAACUUUGGUUCGAGUUUGUGAUGCUACGUAUGAUAAAGCUCCAGUUGAAAAGGAAGGAAUCCACGUUCUAGAUUGGCCAUUUGAUGAUGGAGCUCCACCCCCUAAUCAGAUAGUAGAUGAUUGGCUAAAUCUGUUAAAAACCAAAUUUCGUGAAGAGCCAGGUUGCUGUGUUGCAGUGCAUUGUGUUGCAGGAUUGGGAAGGGCACCUGUGCUGGUUGCACUUGCUUUGAUUGAAUGUGGAAUGAAGUACGAAGAUGCCGUUCAGUUUAUAAGACAAAAAAGAAGGGGAGCAUUCAAUUCCAAACAGCUGCUUUACUUGGAGAAAUACCGACCUAAGAUGCGAUUACGCUUCAGAGAUACCAAUGGGCAUUGCUGUGUUCAGUAGAAAGAAAUGUAACAAAGGCUGACUUGAUAGUGGCAUUUAGAGGGAACUCUUGGUACCUGGAAAUGUGAAUCUGGAAUCUUACCUGUGUCAUCAAAGUAGUGAUGGAUUCAGUACUCCUCAACCACUCUCCUAAUGAUUGGAAAAAAGCAAACAAAAAAGAAAUCCCUCUAUAACAUGAAUAAAAUGUUUAAGAAAAGAAAAAGAAAGAAAAAAGGGAUUAAUUCAGUGAAAGAUGAUUUUGCUCCUAGUUUUGGAGUGUGAAUUUCUGCCAGGAUUGAAUUAUAUUAAAAUUUCCUGUCUUUUUAAACUUUUUCAAAAUAGAUCUCUAAGGAAAACCAGCAGAACAUUAGCCUGUGCAGAACCAUCUUGUUUGGGGAGCACACUCUUCCAUUAUGCUUGGCACAUAGAUCUCCCUGUGGCGGGAUUUUUUUUUCCUUUUUUGGAAAGGGGGGUAUAUUUUUUUUCCCUCUUCUCUCUUUUCUCUCCUACCCCCUCUUUCCCCCUGAUACAAGUAGAUGGAAUAGGGGAAGCCCUUGUUGCUGUAGAUGUGUGUGCAGUCUGGCAGCCUUAAGCCCGCCUGGGCACUUUUAGAAAAAAAAAACACCAAAAAAAAAAAAAAAAAAAAAGCAGUGGCAUAUAUACAUUAUACGAUCCAGGUGGUUUUUAGUCUUUACUGAAAACGGGGUGUUCAUGUUAGUUUCUUUUCCUCAAAACCAUAUCUAACAUUAGACAAGGUAACCAAGGGCAUUUUGUUUUGAUAAAUUAGUGGGGAAAAUGGCAUUUUAAGAGGAGUCUUCUCGAAGAACUUAGCUGAGAGUCAAAUUCUUGUCUUUCCCAACCAAUGAAGCUAAGUGGGUAUCCCAGAAACUUGUCUUCUGAAAAGGAGAGCUCCAGGCCAUCACUAAAGAUGUGUCCAGGCAGAGAGCACACUUUCUACACCCUGUAGAGUUGUGGGCUGUAGCAUUACUCUGAUUUUCUGUCUAAUGAUGUCAGAGAAUGCUGGUAGUUUAAAAUUUUUAUUUUAGGACUUGUACUCUGAAUUUUCAGGAACAGUCAAAGGAGUAGCAAAUUCACAAUAUUUUGGACUUGAGAAAUGCUUGUGGUGGGUAUUUUCCAAACUGCCCCAUAUAUGUACAGUUCAGUUUAACCACUGAUUGCCUUGUUAUUUUCUUACUAGGUUAUUUUUGAGAUUAAAAAAAAAAAUCGCUGGUUUAAAACCAACAAUGCCUAAGUGAGUGAGUGUGUGUCCACAGGCCAUAACAGGGUAGAAGAGAGACAUCGAACAACCCAAUGAAUAGUGAAGGGACUGUGUUGCUUGUGAAGUGGUGUGAUAGCAUUUCUGUAGAUUCUUUGCUGGAUUUAAUGAGUUGAUCUAGAAAAGCUGUUUGCUGCUGCUUUGCAGAAGGCAGUUAUGACCAGGCUACAUUAACAAGCAGGUAGAGGCGCACCAUCAGGGGCUCUUGCACUGUUUGUUUGCACCUAAACAUUGCAUACUGUAUAGUGCCCUGCUUCUGAGGCUCUGAAUACAGGCUUAGAGUCAUUGUGUCCUGCUGGAAUUUGCUGUGCAGAGCCAUAAGCUUCCUGUUCUGUUAGCAUCAGCUAGGCUAGUAUGAAUGGACUGGGACCUUGUCUCACAUUGAUGUUACCUCAGAUGUUGGCCAGCUACAUGAACUGCCUAUUUUCCUAUUGCCGGAGCUUUGAUUUUUAACUAAAUGAAAAUCUGUAGAUUCUCUCCUCCCCCACCCCACAAAACAAAGCAAAAUAGAAUAAUGCUUUUGAAAAUUGUUUCUAGAAUUUUAAAGUCAAAAAUGAUGGUACUGUCCAAAAUUAUUUCAGAACAUGACAAUAGAUUCGUUUAACAUAGACUCAAGAUCAAAACAGCAUUACAUGCUAAGCUAAGAUAGACUGUUGACUCCAAGGGUUUUGAUCAAUACCAUAACAAACCUUUUCCCUUUGACAUGCUCUGAAUUUCGUUGUUUGCAGGGAGGGUGUGUGUGUGUGUGUGUGUGUGUGUGUGUUUGUGUGUGCGCGCGCACCUGUGCAGUGUCCAUCAGUAUCGGUGCCUGCCUGAGUUAGGAAAAUUUCAUUCCUGGUUCUGUAUUGAGGAGAAGGAUGUAAAAAGCAACAUGAAACAUUAGCCCUCGUUUUGUUUUAAAUUAGACUAAUGUUAAUUGUUCUCAGAACUGGAUUUUUUUCCCUCAAAAUUAAAAUAAUUUUUUUCUUUUGGAUUUAAUGAAGUAUUGCUAGCUGAAGCCAGUUUGACAUGGUGAGAGAAAUGUCAGACUGAUGAAAGGUGUGCAGCCUGAUUUAAAACCAAACCCUGAACCCUUUUAAAGAACAAUAAACCAUAUUUUACACGCUC